UAGUAAGUGGGUGUGCCAAGGAUGGAAUACUCACACUCGUCAAGGGUUCAGUCCUUUUUUAUUUUUGUUAGAAGUAACAAGGUUUGUUUAUUAACUACACUUUUUGAUCACUGGAAAUAUUUGAUAAAAUACAAAACAACACUAUUUUAUUACCAGCAACAAUUACAGGUAAAUGUAUACUAACUCAUAUUCGUGAACUGAAGUAUCAUGUUUCUGUUUAUUUAACGCUUAUACAAAUCGUCGUUUAGUGUUAAAUUUUAUUGACAUUUGUGACGUAUCUCACUACAGUAAAAACAAGAAAAUAAAGAAGCUACAACUUAUGAUUUAGUUUUACAUAUGCGUGUAAAGUUAAACACGGAAUUUAAUGUGAAGUAAAUAACGCACGACAUGGAGCGAGGGUAAAAAGGUACUGUUAUCAACGAGCGUCCUGCGAAGGGAGUUUUACUGCAUUUAAAGCUCCCAUUUGAGUUACGAAACUCGUGCAAGCACAGCAAUCGCUCAACUGGACAACUGCCUAAGAUGGCGCAAUGUAAUUGCAGAAUAAAAGCUUCCUGUUCUAAGGAUAAUUUAUUGAAAGGAAACAAAUGGACAAAAUACGAAAAGGCAGCCCUGGAUCAUGCAUCGGCUUCUGUUUUUCUAUCAGCUAAUGAAGUAAUCAAUGACGCACCUGACCGACUUUUAUAUGGCGUGAAUGAGAAUCCGCCGAUGUUUUCCGCAAUGUUGUUUGGUUUUCAGCAUUACUUGACCAUGUUUGGUUCAACUGUGGCAGUGCCAUUCCUUCUUGCUCCAAGCUUAUGCAUAAAAGAUAAUCCUUUGGCAAUGUGUGAGAUUCUAAACACAGUUUUCUUUGUUUCUGGAGUGGCAACGCUAUUGCAGACAACAUUUGGAUGCAGACUUCCAAUAGUUCAAGGUGCAACAUUUGCUUUCAUUGGACCAACAAUAGCAAUUUUAGAACUGAAACCAUUUCAAUGCCCCGUCGAAAAGAGGAAUUCCACAGAUAGGUUUACAGCAAUUCAUGAUUGGAAAAAGGGGAUGAGAGAGAUUCAAGGCGCUAUUAUUAUAGCAUCUACAUUACAAGUAAUAAUUGGUUUCACUGGACUAAUAGGCUAUCUAAUGCGCUUCAUUGGACCGCUGACGAUAGCAACAACAAUAUCGUUGGUUGGCCUUUCCUUGUUUAGAAUGACUGGUGAAUUUGCAGGAAAACACUGGGGAUUGGCAAGCGUAAAUGUGUUUUUCAUAACCCUAUUCUCUCAGAUGUUGAAGAAAAGAAUAAAGAUAUUUAAAUUGUUUCCGGUUGCUUUAUCUCUUGGAGCCAGUUGGAUGAUAUCGAUCAUCAUUACGCUUAUAAAAAACGGACAAUUAGAUAACAAAGGACAAGCAGAUGUGAUGAGACAAGCUUCGUGGUUCAAGAUACCAUUGCCAGCACCAUGGGGAUAUCCAACAUUUCAUCUCGGAAGCUCAAUUGGUAUGUUAGCUGGAGUACUGGUAUCCAUUAUUGAAUCUGUUGGUAACUACAUCAGCUGUGCACGUAUGUCGGGUGCACCAUUUCCUCCAUCGCAUGCAAUCAAUCGCGGAAUAGCAAUUGAGGGUUUAUCGUGUAUUCUUGCCGGUCUGUGGGGUUCAGGAAACGGGACAACAUCGUAUAGUGAGAAUAUUGCUGCAAUUGGAGUUACAAAGGUUGCUAGCCGAAGAGUCAUACAAUUUGGAGCGAUCUCGAUUAUAUUCUUUUCUGUUUUUGGCAAAUUUGGGGCUUUCUUUACCAUGAUACCUGUACCAAUCAUAGGGGGAAUGUUUUGGGUUUUAUUUGGCGUCAUUGUAUCAGUGGGGUUAUCGUCUCUUGAACACGCUGACUUGAAAUCACAUAGAAAUCUUUACGUACUUGGAUUCUCACUCUUUAAUGGUAUGGUGCUGCCAGACUGGGUGAUAAAAAAUCGUAAUGAUAUUAGAACAGGAGUAGAAGAACUUGACCAAACGUUGUAUAUACUGCUCAGCUCGCACAUGGCUGUAGGUGGCAUCACUGCUUUGCUAUUUGACAAUAUCAUUCCUGGAACAGCGAAGGAACGAGGUUUAAUGGAGUGGCAUAAGAACAGUCUAUCAACUUAUCCGAAAGAAGAGCGUGCAAUUUAUGACAUACCAUUUGUGCAGAAAUAUUUAAAUGGUAAAAACUGGGUAAAAUAUUUUCCAUUCCUACCGCAUCAUCCGAAGAAUGACGGUGGAUAUGAAAGGACAGCUUAUGUACGUUUUGGAGCUAUAAAAGAUACUUUCAUCAACUUGUGACUUACAAGUCCUUUUAUUGACGAAUAAUUUUGUUGGAGUGAGUCAUGAGUGUGUCAACAGUGCCGUAACAACCCUAGGGGCUGUGGAGGCUGCACUCCCCUAAUAAUUUUUGAAGUGCUAACUUUUUUAAGCAUAUAAGUUACAUAACACACCAUGCAC